AUGACCGACUCGGCAGAGAUUUACCGUCCAGGGGGGAGCGGGGAGCGACCUUCGACGUUCCGCAAUAGCGGGUACACUCAUGAAGCCAUGGACUACUCGCGAUUCACGGAAGUAGGGGGACAGCGCGAGGGCUCCAUGUAUGGACCAGGGGGUCAGCGUCAGACCGAGAUGCGACUUUUGGCUGUGGAGCCGGAUUUUGGGGCAGCUCCUGAGCGUAUCGAGGACUACAAAGGUCGGAACCGGACGUGGCCGGGCGUUCUGCUUUUGCUGCUCAUUGUAGGGGGUGCCGUGGCCCUUAUUACGAUCAAUGCGAUUGACGUGAACGAGCAAGCACAUCUCGGAGCUGCUCGAUUUGAAGGCGCUUCACGGUCGAAACGACGGAUCAACGACGGACUGGACGAUGGCAGCAUCCUCAUUUCGGACGACGGACAAGUGGGGAACCCGAAGAAGUACUCGGACAUGGGCUGUGAGCUGCCUGACUAUCAGAGCAAAAAGGGAAAAAUUAUCGCUGUGUCAAAGAACGGCACAGAGAUUCCAGUCGGGAUCAAAGGUGUCAACUGGUUUGGCAUGGAAACGGGCUUGGCCAUUCCGUUUGGACUGUGGGAGAACAUGGACAACGGCACGUCGGUCUACGAGAUCGCAGCCUUUUUGGCUCGAAACAAGUACAACAGUGUCCGUUUGCCAUUAUGUAUCACGAACAUCCUGGACGACGUGGCUCCGGAUAAGUCGCUCAUCAAUUUGAACACGAAUCGAGCUGUCAAUAUCACGUCGUACAUGACGACGAUCCAGUCGAUCGUUGAAGCACUCGGGUAUCGUCACAUUUCCGUGAUGAUCAGUCUCCAUACGUUGGUUCCGAAGAAAGCUGGUGGUGCCUGGUACAGCGAGGAGCUCGGUGUGUCUGAGGACCAGUUCCUCGAGGCGGUGGAUAUCCUCACUAAGAACUUGUGUGGCUCCAAGUACUGGAAUAUCCUGGGCAUCGAUUUGAAAAACGAGCCGCACGAGUGUUCGUGGGGAGGGGCUGAACCGGACUGGCAGAGAGGGGCGACGUUGAUCGGCAACCGCAUGCUGGAAGGCUGUCCAAACUGGCUGGCAUUUGUCGAAGGCAUUGCUUCCAAGGGAUUGAUUACACUGAAUGGUGAAGAGCAGACCUACUUUGAUUGGUGGGGCGGAGGUCUUGCCGACGCUGGCGCCAACCCUGUCACGUUUAAAGUCAAGAACAAGUUGGUGUGGGCUCCGCACUACUACAACACCGGUGUGAGUCCAGCCUGGUAUCUCUACGAUGGCGGCACACAAACCGAUGAGGGCGCACGAGUGGACUAUGUCGAGCUUGACGACAAAACGUUGCGAAACAACGUGGAGAAGACCAUGGAGAAGAUGUUUGGCUACUUGUUGACGGAGGAUGCUAAUACUGCAAUGGUCAUGGGCGAAUUCGCCGGUCUCUACAGCAAAGAUGCCCACCCGAUGCUCACGACGAAGCGUACGACUGACUUCACGCUUGAUGUCAUGCUCAAAGCAGGAUAUGCGGGAGGCUACAUGUGGUCGUUGAACCCCGAGAGCGCGUAUCAGUUCAACCCAGCGGAUACUUUCGGUCACUUCACGGAGGGUCUGCUCGAGGACGAUUGGCUCACACCAAACAAGGCGUUCGUAGACGGGAUGGCUGUCAUGGACAAGUUCAAGGACCACAAGAUGUUUCCGUGCUUUAAGGUUGAGGUGGCGAGUGACGCGAAGUCCAGGUGA